UGUGAGGGCGAGUAGUGUGGGAGCCGUGUAGCCAUGUGUUGGGGUCGGCCCCCGCCCGCCUCCACCCCGAGCUGAGACCCUUCACACUUCUCCCACACUCACACCUCACACCUCACUCCUCACCAGGCAUGCUCACCACGGAGGCACAGGUGUCAGGGCCCCGGCCCGCCACGGGCCACAGUUCCUGUAGCAGUGAUGCCGACAGCAAUAGCAAGAAGAUGGAGGAUGAAAGUAGUGGAGACAACUCUCAGGUUCCGGGUUCGAAGAGGAUGUUGAGUACCGAGGAUCCGGAUUAUGCACGUCCACCGGAUGCCAAACGAAUGAGGGAGAUGCACAUGAGAGCCCAGGAUGAACUAAGUGAACGUGUUGUGAAGGUGGUAGACAAGGAAUUUAAUAUUGCCAUUAAUGAGAAACAAGCCGAGAUGGAAGAGAUUGAUAAUAGAAUUUUACGAUUGCAACAGUGCCUUCACACCCUCCGUUACUGUGUCUCCCUUAACUAUUAUUCAGUUAAGAAGACUGAUGAAGCUGGUAAUAAGCAUAAGCCCAUGCUACAUCCAACAGUCCGGAAACACUUGGGGAAGGCUCCAGUCACACACAAGGCUGCUGCUGUUUCUUCACUUGACGAGUCUCCUCAAAAUAGUUCUUCCGCCCCAAGUGUAUCGACGUACCAGGGUGCUAUAACCAGCAGAUUACCUCAGGAAGAAUGUAAAGGUAGUGUUGGUGCAGCAACAUUAGAGGAAAAGCCUGCAAUCAAAGAUAAAAUUGUGAGUGGAAGUGAGGAUGUUUGUGAUACUCAAAUUGAAGCUCAUGAUACUACAAAGGAUAAAUGUAAGGAGGAAACUGACGAUAAUGAUGCGAGAAAUCGAGAUUUGAAAUCUUCACGACCUCCAAGUCCAAAAUAUCUUCCUCCGAAGCCACCUGACAAUCCACAAACUAUAUACCAGGGCCGACAUCAACGAUUCCAGAGUAAACUAAGAGUGAUAGUGGGAAACACCUACCAAUAUUUGACUUCACAUGCUGAAGAUGAUAGUACUAGCGACACGCUGCGGUACAAGUGGCAGGUGUACGUGAGAGCACCGGGGCAGGGGGAAGACAUCUCUUCCUUCAUCUCCGCAGUCACUUUCAUCCUGGAUCAGAGUUACGCCCCGCACCAUAUCAUCACUCUUAAACAUCCUCCCUUUGUGCUGACUCGUCGGGGCUGGGGAGAGUUCAAGAUUCAGAUUGUCCUGAGAUUCACAGAUUCUCGCAACAAGCAAGUGAGACUACUUCACCCACUGGUGCUAAUCCGGCCAGAUGAUCCUCUUUCUCUUACAGGACUAUGGAGGUUGGGUCAGGAGAACUGGUAUGAUCUGUGGGUCUACGAGUCAGACUCUGGGAGCCCGGGAGCACAGCAGAUCACGGAGAUGAUGGCCGAGGAGGAGGAGGACUGUCCAGCUUCCCUUGCCAGAGAACUCACAACAGGUGUCGUGUCUUCCAGAGUUGAGGAAAAUAUCACCGUUGUUCACAACAUUGGGGAGAAAAACAUUACACAAAGUAUAAAACGGGUAACUCCAGUUAAGCCAGAAAAUGAAUGCAAAGUUUUAACUAACUCUGAUAGAAAUAAUGUGACCAAGUGUGCGAAUAGAGAGAUAAGCGAGUCGGUGGCAUCAAGUAAACAGUGUACCAUCUUACAGUCUCAUUGUGAUGCUAGUAGUGAUACAACUUUAAAAACGUGUCGGGAGGAUAAAAGACAAACGGUUAGUAAAUCUGAAUCUAAAAUUAAAGUUGAAGGACUAGAAGAGAGCAAGUUGCAAGGACUGAAGCCAUUAAAGGAACAAUUGGGUGUGAGAGUGGCUAACAUUAAUGGUGUUCAGAGUAAAGUGUGUAAGAUACACGUACGGCAGCCUGAUGGACGUCUUGUGCCUUAUUAUAUUCCUGCUCAUAUGUACUCUUUAGCACUCAAGAUUGCUCAGAGUGGUACAAAUAAACAAGCAAAUGGAACAACUACAGCUGAUAAUAAACAAGUAAAUCGACAAGAAGUAAUCAAACAGCAGAGUGUAAGCCAGAGGAUAAUUAAGGUGCAUAUCCCAGAGGGCCAGGAGAAAGGGGGCAUUGAGAGCAUCAUUGUGAAGCAAGAACCAAGUGAAUUAUUAGCACAGCAGAGAGAUGAUACAAAAUCAGUAACCUUGGAAGUAAAGACUGAACUUGAACAGAAUACAAAAACAUCUACUACUCCAAUUAGAAUAUUAAAUUUUUCCCCACACAAAAAGGUAGCAAUAAAUAAUGAAGAAUCGAUAAGCUUAAUGCCAUCAACCAGUGGCAUACAGGGUGGACCUAAACUAUCCCACAUUACACAGACAAAGCAGACUGUGGCACGACUUUCCACUGGCAGACUUCCACAAAGUCCUCUUCAACAGCUUUUGGUAAAGGCUGUCCAGGACAAAAAACAUGCCUUGGUUCACCAACUUCUGAGCAAGAAGGGGCUGAAGGAUGGCUCUGGCACACACAAAUCUCUGCAGGGUCAGAUAACUUAUACACAAACGCCUGUUGGGUUAAAAUCCAACAUUCAGAUAAUGCCACUAAAAGUAGUUCAAGAUAUGCAAAGCACUGGCUCGCCAUCGACCAAAAUCAUUCAGAGACCAAUAUCUGCUGCAAAUAUUAGAUUCAUAACCAAUAAUGGUCAGUUAAUAUCAGCCGGUAAACUUAUGAAAGGUAAGACUGCCUUGCCCUCCAGUAAAGUAUCUGCCAGUAUAUCCUCGUGUUCUGUCCCGACAUCUAGCAACUGUGUUGUUGCAUCUACUUCAGGUGUUACCCCAGUUUCAAGUAAUACUACAGGUAUGGUGAUGAUACAAGGAAAUCAGCAAGUUGCUGGGUCAAGUGGACUACAGCUUGGAAUGAGUAAAGGCAAAGCAACCAUAACACAACUUCCUCCUCUGGUUGUGUGUAGUAGUGCAGUGGAGACUGGCACAGUUUUACAAAUUCCACCUUUUGUAGUCCGAGGAGUGGGAAAUGGCGAAACAUUAAAAACUAUAACGAAUUCAAUAAAGUCUACAACCAGUACGACGAAGAAUGUGACUGUGCCGGGUGUGUCGUUACUGCGAGGCAGCAUUAUUACAACGACAACACCUACUGUCUGUAGCUUGCUCAAGCCCAUUGCCCCUGCCCCAAGUGCAGAUACCAGCUCUCCAACCCCAGUUGUCACAAAUGUACUAACCAGAGUCACAAGCAGCACUCCAGUUAAGACUCUUUCUCUUAAUGCAUCAUCUUGUGACAAAAGUAAAAUAUCGGCAGUAAAAGUGGAUAAACGAGAAGGUAAUGGGAAGGAGGAGGAUAGAAAUCUCUGCAUUGUCCAGGAAUGGGAAGAGCAGGUCAGACGGCUAGAAGAAUUAUGCAGAAGAUGUUCUUCAGCUGAUAUGUGCGUAUAUAUCUGGAUGAGAGCACUGCCACUGGUUGAUUCCCACCUUAAAUGUUCUCCAAUGUUAUCCUUUUGUGCAAAGUCCCGUGACGAAUUUGUGCACUGGCCACUAGGGAAGCAGCGUGCGGCAGAAUUCCAUAGAGCACGCGAGAUUAAACGCCGCCUGGAACAGUGCCACGUGGAUGGCACUGAAUGGUGGAGUGUGGGUAGAAUAGUGGCUUGGGCACGACGUCACGCAUACACACCAACCCCUCCCAGAAAGCUGCUACGUACAGACAUGUUGUUACCACCACCAGCAGCUGCAAACCCCGAGACAACGUUAUCGUACCUCGGCAACCUGGAGAAACUUGUUCAAGAUACUAGUAAUAGGAUGACACUGAGUGGCGAGAUUGGAUUGCAAGAGAUUGAUGUAGUCACAGUAGAUGACAAGAAAGAAACUUCAUCUAGAUGCAAGUUAUUAGCUUCUCCUCAGAAACAUCCCUUGGAAUUUUUACCAUGGGAGGAUGUGGAGAUUGGUGGUGGGUGUGAGUGGGUGGGACAGCUCACCUCCCGGCUCAGGCUCACCCUCAAGCCAGAAGAGGUUGCCGAAGGCUAUACUGCUGAUGCUGCUCGCUCCACUGCAUGGCGGGCAGUGCUGAGCCUUAUGGAAGACCUACUGCGAUCAUCUCAUGCUCAGGCCUGGGGAGACACCACACACACCACCUUAGUGCCUCCACAGGAUAUUACUCUUAAUCACGUCCUCGGUGCUCUCUCUAAUUCACGACCAGAAUUUGACAUUUUUACGGAUUACGGUUUAGGCAUACCAAUAUAAACUGCUUCUUUUAAUAAUCAUAAUAAAAUGCUAAGUUUUGAUUACUGAAUGCUGACAGAAUGGUGUGGACUUAAGUGGUGUUAGUGGGUUCCGUCUCCAAGAUCUUCAAAAUUGCAAGAACUUUGUGGAAAUACUGAUCUGAUUUGGUUUGACUAAUACUUGUUACAUCUAAUAUUUGCAUUGAUAAAAUCUACAGGUUUAGAUCAUUUGCCAAAUGUCCUUGAAGACAAUAACUGAUGUAACAUUUUGUUACCCAAUUUUGAAAGUUGUCAAAGAAUGGAAGACUUCAUCAUUUGCUAGUUGGGUUGGUUAGCAUGCUAUGGGCCACAAGUUAUUUUAUAGUUUUCAGAUUGUCAUUUGCCAGUAAUGUUGUUGCUGCAACGCUAAAGAAAGUGCUUUAAAUGGUGUUUCUAAAAGGUUAUGUAUUGGUCAGCUUUCACCGAAUUGGGAAGCGGCAAAUAGGCACGGUACAUAGGUACAGUAUGUCAAAAAAAGUAAGUUUUAUGUGCUUGGUCCAGAUUGCUUUCAUAAUGCUCUUCCAGCUUGCUAUUUCUUAAUUGAUUUUUAGGUUACCUUCAAAAUUUCAUCAGUCAUAUGUUUGCCUUCAUUACUCUAGGCAGUUGUGUACGUGCAUAUUUACAAAAGUGGGUGUUGGGAUCAUGACAAAUUUGAUUACGGGUUAAUCCCAACCAUGACAUAUUGGGCUUAUUCUGCAUGAUGUAUUAGAUGAUGUAGAAGACUUUUUGACCUCUAGUUGUGUUUUACUAAAUUUAUAUUUAUCCAUAGUACUUGUGUUAUAACAGGUAGGUAAAUUUUGGCUAUACCACAUUUGCUUUUUGUCUACUACGGAUGUGUUAUGUAUCAGGAUGAAGACUAGUACCGUAAAGAAGAUUUUGCUAAAGCUUGAUAUGGGGAAAUGACAAUAAGGCAUCUUGAAUUGUGACAUGUACGCUUGGUGAACAAAGUUUAAACCAGAUCACUGUUAUGUGUAUAUGUGGUGACUUCGUUAAAGCCAGUAAAGUACACGGGAUGGUUUCAUGGGUGAAACCUGUUUCAUUUUUGCUAAUUUUUAUGGGUCAAUUCUAAUGAAGGUGAGUUAGUAUUGUAAUGGGUGAAGCCCGAGCAUGUCAUCAUUUUGGCAAUUGAUAUUUUGAUGUAGUACAUAUUUUGAAAUGACCAAGGCAAGGUUAGUUAUGUUUAUAUUGGGUAGGACACGUGUGAGAACUUGGAAAGUUACAUUUAAUAUUUGUUAAGCAAAAAUAUCAUGAAAACUUGGUAUUUUAAUAUAAUAACAAUUCAAACUCAAAUAUUUUUGUCAAGAACUUCAUAAAGUGUGGUGUAUAUUCUGCACCCCUAAAACUGUGUGCAGGCAGACAUAUGUUUGAUAAAGCCAAUGGAAUCUGAAAUAUUGGUUACUGAUAGAUGUAUCGAGGAUGAAGAUCGAGUUGGACUCUUAAGUCAACCUGUUGUGAGACUCCCACUUACUGUACUUUUGUCUUGAAAGUAACACAACAUUUUAAUAUUUUCAAUCUGAUCCUGAUUAUAACUUGAAUGCACCUAUUAUUGUUACUGAAUAAUAUUAGAUUUUAUGACCAGAAUAAUGAAGAAUUUGCAUUAUGAACAUUCUUGAUUGUUGUGGUACGUGUGAAUUGUAUAAUUCCAGAACUAUCUGUGAUAUUCUAGAUAUGGUUUUAAAUCUGUCAUUUUUUGGAAAUGUUUAUAAAAAAAUCUCAGGGUUGA